CUAUUCUCGUUGGUGGUGGCCCAGGGCGGGCUGCUAAUCGAGCUGGUGGUGUUUGAAAUCAGUGGAGUGCUGACCAAGGACCUGCGGUGGUACUUUUGGCGGACCGACCUCGGCUUUCUGCUGGUGACAAUAAUGGUGGCGAUUCCGCUGGCGCAAUUCUAUCUCCUGCUGUCCAACAUCCGGCGGCGCACCUUCAUCCCGCUCUACCGCCGGGUUAUCUACAGCCUGGUGAUGUGGGGCAUAUUUUUCUAUGCAUUCUGGAGCCUGGGUGCGUAUCUGCCGCUGGACAGCUUUUCGCGCAUUCGCACGGCGACGGGAGCGGCGGACAUGGUGUCGAUUGAGCCAGUGACGGCGCGCGUGGGUGUGGUGGGCGUGGCGCUGAUGGCGAUAUUGUCUGGGUUCGGAGCGGUCAACAGCCCCUACCAAAAGCUCUUUGUGUUUGUGCAUCAAGUGAGCCCCGUGCAGCUCGAAGGAAUGAAGCGCCAGCUGCACUACUCGCUGGAGCUGCUGAUUGACAAGAAGAAGAUGGCGGCCCGGCUCGAGGCUCAGGCGGCGAAGGAGAGAGAGGCGCGGGGCGGUGCGCAGCCAGCAGCACUGGGCAUGCUCAAGAGCGCGCUUGGGUCGCUGUUGGGCAUGCAGCGGGACAAGGACCGCGGGCUGGCGGCGCUGCAGCAGGAGAUUGAGGAUCUGGAGCGCGUCACGCAGGAGCUGUUUGCCGACGUCGAUGCCAUGUGUCUGGAGCACGACCGGUAUGUCGAGUCGCAGACGCUGGCGGGCCGGUCGCGCAACAUCCUGGGCUACUUCUUUGCGCUGUUCUGUGUCAGCAAGAUUGCAAUGACGCUGACGGGCAUCCUGCUGAACAAGGUCGGGCAGUCGGACCCAGUCACGAGCGCACUGACCCUAGCAGCCACGCACAUUAGCCCGGACUUUGACAUGCUGUUCUGGUCGCAGCAGCUGAGCUUUGCCAUCGUCGGCAUGAUGGUGAUCGGGUCGAUCCGCGGGCUGCUGAUCCAGUUCACGAAGCUGUUUUCGUUCUCCAACACAGUGUCGCCUGGCAACGUUGUGCUUUUCCUGGCACACAUCCUGGGCAUGUACUUUGUGUCAUGCAUGUUGAUGAUGCGCAUGUCGCUGCCGCCAAAGUACCGCCCGAUGAUCUCAGAGGUCCUGCAGACCACGGGCUUCUACUUCUACAAGCGCUGGUUCGACACGCUGUUUCUGGUGUCGGUUGUUGCGUCGGCGCUGCUGCUGUUUUUGUCGCACCAG